CUGUGUGUCCUCCUCACAGCGAGCACCGACCGGCUCACAGAUGAACAGCAGACCGACAGAAACACGACUGUUGAGAACCGCAGACAGGUUCUGACAGCGGCACCGUCCUCGCUCCUCCAACCCAGGCAGGGCGCACCGUCCCGGGGGGGAACCGUGCACGGACCCGGCCUCUUCCUCUGGAGCUCUGCAGUCUCACUCGGCGUCUCUGCUCCACCACCUGGCUUCCCUCGCUGUGUGUGUUUGAGGACAGUUUUGCAGAGCUGUUAAUGUGAGUGCUUCUCACACACCUUUGGAUUGGAGGCAAUGCCACCUCCUCCUGCAGAGCUCUCCUGAUUUCUGGAUGCAUUUUUGGUUUACAAACCCCGCGGAUUAAGAUUUAUGGAGUGAUUCCCGGCUCAGAACAAACAGUGGAAGUUACAACCUUCAGAACUAAAGACAGAGGCGAGACUGGAUUUUCUCCCGAGGUUCCUGUUGGCGUCGUUGACUGCGACUGAGCAUCUUCUCCCGUCAGUUUUCCCCACACUGAGAUCAACAUCUACCAAUCUGAUGAAAGGAUGCUGCAGGGAACCGACGAAGGACUGAGCCCUACCUGAACACCCCUCCUCCCCCCGACCCUCAGAGCCCUCAGCGCCGCCAUCCCAUCAUGAACCUGCUGUGCCGCGGACGCCUGAAGCUGCUGGUGGCGUCUCUCACGGCCAUCGUCCUGCUCACCUGGCUCUACCUGCUGGCUGGAAACCUGGAGAAUGGUCGCUCCCUCCUGCUGGCUCCCUGUCUGGCCGACACACCGGCAGCCCGAGUCCUGGAGCGAGCCGUCCUCGAGUCGCGGGUUCGAGAGGUGGAGGAAGAGAACCGCCAGAUCCGGUUGCAGCUCAGCCAAUCGCAAGGCACCGCCGCCCAGCCGCCGGACGGCAACUAUGGCAACCAGCAGUGGGGAGCCUCCGCGGACACGGGGCCCGAGGACGGGGACAACACGGCAGAGGAGAAGAACAACCACACGGAGUGUCCCCGAUCGCCCACCGUCCAGAAGUGUGAGCUGAUCCACGUAGCGUGCGUUUGUGCCGGUCACAACGCCAGCAGAGACGUGGUCACGCUGGUGAAGUCUGUCCUCUUUCACAGGAGAAAUCCUCUUCACUUUCAUUUCAUCACCGACACAGUGGCCAAUCGCAUCCUGAGUUCUUUGUUUCAGUCCUGGAUGGUCCCGUCUGUGCAAGUCAGCUUCUACGACGCAGACGAACUCAAGUCCGAGGUGUCGUGGAUACCCAACAAGCAUUACUCAGGUAUUUACGGCUUGAUGAAGCUGACGCUAACCAAAGCUUUGCCCUCAGACCUGUCAAAGGUCAUCGUCUUGGACACGGACAUCACCUUCGCCACCGACAUCGCUGAGCUCUGGGGCAUUUUUAGGAAGUUCACCGAUAAACAGGUGAUAGGCCUGGUGGAGAACCAGAGCGACUGGUACCUGGGCAACUUGUGGAAGAACCACAAACCCUGGCCUGCGCUGGGACGAGGCUUCAACACAGGCGUCAUUCUUCUCUACUUGGAGCGACUGCGGCGAAUCAGCUGGGAGCAGAUGUGGCGGCUGACGGCAGAGAGGGAGCUAAUGAGCAUGCUCAGUACAUCGCUGGCUGAUCAGGACAUCUUCAACGCCUUCAUAAAGCAGAACCCGGUCCUGGUGCACCAGCUGCCCUGCUUCUGGAACGUCCAGCUGUCGGAUCACACUCGCUCCGAGCAGUGCUACACCGAGGUGUCCGACCUCAAGGUGAUCCACUGGAACUCUCCGAAGAAGCUCCGCGUGAAGAACAAACACGUGGAGUUCUUCAGGAACCUCUACCUGACCUUCCUGGAGUACGACGGAAACCUGCUGAGACGAGAGCUGUUCGGCUGCCCGAGUCAGGCCAGUCCAGAGAGCGUCCAGCUGCAGGCCGCCCUGGAGGAGCUGGACGAGGACGAUCAGUGUUACGACUUCCGUCGGGAGCGACUCACCGUUCAUAGAGUGCACCUGUACUUCCUGCAGUACGAGUACACGCCCACCGAGGACAAUACUGACGUCACACUGGUGGCCCAGCUCUCCAUGGACAGGCUGCAGAUGCUGGAGGCCAUCUGUAAGCACUGGGAGGGCCCCAUCAGCCUGGCGCUCUACAUGUCCGACGCCGAGGCCCAGCAGUUCCUACGCUACGCUCAGGCCUCAGAGGUCCUCAAGAACCGCAAGAACGUGGGCUACCACAUCGUCUACAAGGAGGGCCAGUUCUACCCCGUCAACCUGGUGAGGAACGUGGCCCUGAAGAAUGCCAACACGCCCUACGUGUUCCUGACAGACGUGGACUUCCUGCCCAUGUACGGUCUCUACGAUUACCUCAGGAGGUCUGUGGUGCAGCUGGACAUGGCUCACACUAAGAAGGCUCUGGUGGUUCCAGCUUUUGAGACGCUUCGGUACCGUCUGUCCUUCCCCAAAUCCAAAGCAGAGCUGCUCUCCAUGCUGGACAUGGGGACCCUCUACACCUUCAGGUAUCACGUGUGGCCCAAAGGUCACGCUCCUACCAACUAUGCCGAAUGGCGAACAGCCACCACCCCGUAUCAAGUCGAAUGGGAGCCGGACUUUGAGCCGUACGUUGUGGUGAGACGGGACUGUCCAGAGUACGACCAGCGCUUCGUGGGCUUCGGCUGGAACAAGGUGUCCCAUAUCAUGGAGCUGGAUGCACAGGAGUACGACCUGAUGGUCCUCCCCAACGCUUUCAUGAUCCACAUGCCGCACGCGCCCAGCUUCGACAUCUCCAAGUUUCGCUCCAGUUCCAGCUACCGCAACUGUCUGAACACCCUGAAGGACGAGUUCCACCAGGACCUGUCCAGGAAGUACGGCUCGGCCGCUCUGAAGUACCUCACCGCGCAGAGGAACAUCUAAAAACCCAGAACUGCUGAGAGCCAGCAGGUCCGCCAGCCUUCGAGCUCCUGAGCGACGAGGCCCCCCGAGAGCUCGGACAUCUACUGACUGCGCCGCGGUGCGCAAAGAAUGAUGGUAAAGCUUUACAGCCCUUUCGAAACAUUCUCGAACCUUGUGCAUUAAUUCUCCAGACGACUCCACCUCAAGGUGAACGAGAAGCAGAGGCAACAAAAAACGGACAGCAGAUUUUCUAAACGCAGGAUUGACUCGGCUGAGGCGAUGGACGAGUGUGGAUACUGACGGGACUAGCUUUAAGGCGGGGAAAUAACCAUAUUCUUACAAUUUGUUCUGACAAUCAGGGCUUUUUCCAGAAGACAAAGUUUGUUCACGAGGACAUGACGGGAACAUGUGUCAUCUUGGGGGAAAGAUUUAAAAGAGGACACUAUAUUUGAACUGAGGCCAGUCGAACUGGAGAAAGAUUUAAAGCCUUAUCACGUUCCAUGGUAUUUACUGAGAUAUCUAAUGUUUUAAUUUGUCUUUCUUUUCCAGUGUAAAUCCGAACCAAUGAUUAAUGAACACUGGCAUUUACAAUGUUUUGAUUAAGACUUUACAUGAGAAUCAGUUUAUAUUUCCUUUCUAUAUUUCCUUUAAAAAAAACAAAAAACAAUCCAUCUUGUCCCGGUCAAAUUAUUUCAGAUUUUCUGUGAGCUGCAGGGAUGUGCUUUGUGUGUGUAUGAUCCAGCUGCGUCAUUCUCGCUUUUGUCUUGAUCAUGUAUUUGCUUGCAUGUAAAGAGUUGCACUACGUGUUCUUUACACAUCAUUCACCCCUCUGAAAGAAGCAAAAAUCUAUUAAUGAUAACAGAUUAUACAUCGUUCCUGAUUGGGACCAACACUGAGGCCGUGCAGCGCGCCGUUAUUAAUGACGCUAUUAGCUCUGAAGUGAAACUGCUGCAGUUCUAUGAAGGCCGGGAGCUUUUCAAUUUACUUAUUUCUUCCAUUACAUCUAUAAUGUGUCAGAUUCACUGGAUAUAUGUGCCACCUACUGAACCUACAACCCUGUUUUUGUUUGUAAAGUCCAACUGAAAUACAAAAUUCAAACCUUUUUUUGCAGUGCUGUCCAAUGUAUUGUCAUUACGAGAAUAAUUACAUUCGGUCACAGAUCGUCUUGGUUCCUAGAAUCUAAGGCACCGACCUUCAUCAUUGUAAUUAUAUUCGGUCUGACUGUCGCAGGGUCUUUUUUGCUAACAGAAAAUGUUUGAAUUUGUUUAUACCACAGUAAAUCGCUAAUUAACCUGACAAAAUAAUCUAGUAUGUCACAUGAGAGCAAACAAAGAGCCAUACUGCAGUUUGUUUAUUUAACAGGGACAACGCACAAUAUAUGUACAGUACCAGAUAAGAUAUAGCUAAAAGCUAAUUCCUGCAGUCCCUGGGAAGGUGCCAAUAGUACGCAAGAUAUUACAAUAAAAAAAAAAAAAAAA